AUGGUAUUUACGUCAACCUCAGAAGAGCCAAAGCCACCCCUCCUCCUCCUCCUCGGCCCGCAUCCCCCUCUAUCCCUCUCCUUCUAUUUGAACAGAGAGCCUGCGGAGCACUCUUUUGUUCAGCAGCGCUCAGCUGCUGGUGAGGUGAGCACCACUCUAGAGCUGGCGCUCAUCCACCCAUCACGGCUGCUGCUUAGGCUCGUCUCCUGAAGACACGCGGACUCUGCUUUAGACUGAGACCCACUGCAGCCUAAAACAACACCGUCCCCUCGGCGUAUCCCUAUCUACUAGACACCCACAACUGCUUCAUUUGCACCCAUACUUGCGGGGCUUUUACGCGUCGUUGGAUGGUUCGGAUCCCUGUCUGUGGCUCUAUCAGACCGACGCUCCUGUAAGGCUGCAGUAUCGCUCUACAUUCCUGUGGACUGGACCUCACUUCAUCAGAAAGGUGCAGCAGGAUGCAGGGCGUGCUGCUGGUGUGUGGACUGCUGAGCCUCCUUCUGCUUCACACUGCAGUAUGUGGUGUAACCAGUGCAGGAACUUCGGUAAAUAUGCUGAAGGUGACCCAUCAGACCAUUAGUGAGGAGCUGUCCAAGACUGUUCUCCUGCCCUGCCUCUUCACCCUCCGUCCCAAUGCCAGUUCAUCCCAUGAGCGCCCCAGGAUCAAGUGGACCAAGGUUUGGGGCCAGAGAGGCUCUAAUGGCCUGCAGAAGGAGCAGUCGGUCCUGGUGGCCAAAGACAAUGUAGUCAAGGUGAAGAAGGCCUUCCAGGGCCGUGUAACACUGCCUGGUUACAGUGUGAACCGCUACAAUGCCAGUCUUUCUCUGACUGGGCUACGUUCCAGUGAUUCUGGUCUAUAUCGCUGUGAGGUUGUGGUGGGCAUCAAUGAUGAGCAGGACACAGUUCCCCUGGAAGUCACAGGUGUGGUGUUUCACUACCGAGCUCCUCAUGACCGCUAUGCUCUGUCCUUUGCUGAUGCCAAAAGGGUGUGUGUGGAAAACUCAGCCAUCAUUGCAACACCAGGUCAGCUGGAGGCUGCGUUUGCAGAUGGAUAUGACAAUUGUGAUGCUGGCUGGCUGUCCGACCAGACUGCACGGUAUCCCAUCCAGUCACCACGGCCCGGUUGCUACGGUGAUCGCGAAGACUCUCCUGGAGUACGCAACUAUGGCAAUAGGUCUCCCAAUGAUCUGUUUGAUGUCUACUGCUUCACUCAAAGGCUUCAAGGUAAUGUCUUCCACACCACAGUGCCAGAGAAGCUGAGUUUGGCCACAGCCUCAACCCACUGCCACUCACUGGGAGCUCAGCUGGCUACUGUCGGGCAGCUAUACCUUGCCUGGCAAAUUGGCCUGGACCAGUGUGACCCCGGCUGGCUGGCCGAUGGCAGUGUACGCUACCCCAUCAAUGUCCCACGGAAGAACUGCGGCGGCGAUGAUCCUGGAGUGCGAACCGUCUAUAGCAACCCCAACCGCACUGGCUUCCCGGACACCACAGCCCUGUUUGAUGCCUACUGCUACAGAGCCCAUCAACCAGCAGGGGUCCAGGCUGCACAGGCUUUGUACCAGACCAUCAGACCAGCAGCAGAGGCUGUCUCCUCAUUCACUGAAGCCCAGCGUAGCACCCCUUUUUUCAAGACCUCCACCUGGACUGGCCUGGUCAACUUGGACUACACAGGAGAGCACCCCUUUGCUGGAAUCAGCAACUCCUCUGAGAUCUCUGAAGAGUAUGUAGUCAUCCACUUGAUGCCUGAUAUGGACUGGAAUGAAAAGCAGGGUGGACCUAGAAGUGGCAGUCAGCAGGCCACUGAUGACCCAAAAAGUAGCAUCACCUUAGGCCUUUCUAACCUCGAAAGCCAGGAGGGCCAAGGAGGUUCAGCACAUGAGGAAGAAGAUGGCAGUUACUUUGGAUCUGACACCCCAACAUUAUCUUCAAUAGCUUCUUCCACUCCCCAGUCUCAGACCAGUAACAGUGUGCUGGCUCAGUUUGUCAAGACUCUGAUGAGGCCUUUUAAGUACUGGACUAAAGGUGAGGAGGAAGAAGAGACAGAGGGACUUGUAGUGCCUGAGAGAAAAGCAGGAGAGAACCAGACACAGGGAGAAGCAUCCAGCAGAAAUCUGAGUGUACUCAAAUUCAGUGAAAACAAGGGCAGCAGGGACAAUGCUAUCAUGGACCACAGGAAUGGUCAUUUUUCCUUCAGGGCUCCUACCAGUGGACUACAGAGUCCAGAGGAAGGUCUGUCUGAGCAAGAGAAAGAGGUCAUGCCACUGAUUCAAUUAGUGCCUGCAGUCCAAAACACAGAGCAAAGUGACACCAGCACCGAGCCAGGAGACCAAGCUGCCAGCACAGCUGUUUACAACUCUCCAUCCACUGUUAACAAAAUCAGUGCAUCAAGAUCACCACCUGGUGAACCUGUCAACAUUUCCAGUCCUCUGGGUUCCAGAGAAGGCAUUUCCUUUGAUCCUGCCCCAGUCAGUCCCUUUCCAUGGGCCAUCAAGUCCUGGCAAGGCUCCAAACUAGGCCCCACUGGAAAUGUGGCUAAUAUGGCUAAACAUCCCACCUGGGAAUCUAUGGAAGCCAAAGCAGGGCCCCUCAUGGUGAUGACCUUGCCCACCUUCCUGCAACAGGGAAACCCAGAAAACUAUUCAGGUGAGGGGAAGGACCAUGAUGGAGAAGAUGAUAUUACUCCAUUAGCUACUAGAGCUGAUUCAGGGAAGGAGAGUGAGAUUGAUGGGAGCGGCACAGGGAAUAGCUUUCCUGGUGUGUUUGGGUUCAAAGUCAAUAACUUGGGCAGCAGCAGUGUCAAACCAAAUCCAGAAACAAAGUCUUCACUCAGCCAGAGUGAUCUUAUGACUGCGGCCAAGCACACCAUUCUGUCCCAGUGGCAGCACGUGGAGCAGCCUCCCCCCCCACCUCAGGGCUCCCAGAAGUCAGACACAGCAGAGGAGGCCAGGGAAGAGAUCCUCUACACCCACCAGCCUACUGACAGCUUCUCCUCAUCUUCCUCAACCAGAGGAGAAAGUAGUUCAAAUUCAGGUUUCACUCCUGUUUUUAUGAAGCACAAUAAAGGCAUGAGCAGAAAGGAGGUGGUGACCCCCACACCUGAAGCAUCAAUGGAGGUGCUGGCAACGGCUGAGGUGAACACAGAACUUCUGACGAACAGAGACACACAAAGUGCAUUUCCAGUCAACACAGUGGCCACCACACAGAAUUCGUCAGGCAGCUUCUCCACAUCUGUUCCCAUUUCAUGGGUUCAGGAAGAGCAGGGGAAAACAACAAGCACACCAACCCUGCAGGAGGACGGAGCCACUCCAGCACCAGGUGAGGGACCUCAAAUGACUACAGGUGUCAUUCAGUUGACCACCCUUGUGUCAGGCUCCAAAGUCGACACCACAGAAAUGGAAUCCAAAUCUGCAGUGCCUGAGUCCUUCAUGGUAGGAAGUCGUUGGACACCUUUUGAAGCCAUAAGCUCAAAACCAGAGGAACACAAAACUCGGAUGACAACAGACAACAACGACACAGACAACCCUUUUGACAUCCUUGUUCCCAGCUGGGCCUUCGGGCUCAUCUCAUCAGUGGAGAGUAACCCUUGCCAGACUAACCCAUGUCUCCAUGGAGGGAGCUGCCUGCAGGAAGGUGAUGGUUAUAGCUGCUACUGUCCUCAGGGUUUCUCUGGAGAAAGCUGCGAGAUUGACAUUGAUGACUGCCAGUCUAAUCCAUGCCAGAAUGGGGGAACCUGCAUAGAUGAGAUCAACUCCUUUGUCUGUCUUUGUCUGCCCAGCUACGGUGGAGCUACUUGUGAGAAAGACACUGAGGGCUGUGAGCACAUGUGGAGGAAGUUCCAUGGUCACUGCUACAGGUACUUCAGCCGCAGACAUACUUGGGAGGAUGGUGAGAAGGACUGCAGGGAACACAGUGGCCACCUGGCCAGUAUCCACAGCCUGGCUGAGCAGAACUUCAUCAGAGGACUGAGCCAUGACAAUACAUGGAUCGGGUUAAAUGAUCGUACAGUAGAGGACGACUUUCAGUGGACAGACAAAAUGGACCUGCAAUAUGAGAACUGGCGGGAGAAUCAGCCAGACAACUUCUUCGCUGGUGGAGAGGACUGUGUGGUUAUGAUUGCUCAUGAGACUGGCAAAUGGAAUGACGUGCCCUGCAACUACAAUCUGCCCUAUGUCUGCAAGAAGGGAACAGUGCUUUGUGGAACCCCUCCCACGGUGGAUAAUGCCUUCCUGAUUGGUCGGAAGCGUUCCCACUAUGACAUUCAUUCUGUAGUGCGUUACCAGUGUGCUGCCGGCUUUCUGCAGCGCCACGUGCCCACUGCUAAAUGUCGUGCCAACGGCAAGUGGGACCGGCCUAAAAUCAUCUGCAUGAAAUCCCGGCAAGCACACCGUUACCGGCGCCACCACCACAAGGGCAGGAGAGAGCGUAGGAAUCACAAGAGGCACGGCCACAGAGACGGAGGCCACCACGGAGGAGAGCUGGGCCAGGGCCACAACCACGCUCACUUCUGAACCAAAAAAAUUUAAAACACCCCCUUUCCCUGUGUCAUUUGCUGCCAACUGCAGUUUGCCUGUCACCCAUAUUUCCUCAAACAUGACUUCACAACUUUACAGAACCAAAACUCUACCCUGUCCCCCGACCUGUCCUGCCCUUAGCUCCACCCCUGGCUUUCUAAGCCGGCCUGUAUCAUAGUCAACUCUGAGGCCUGCCAAAGUGCUGCCAGGCCUCACCGGGACAAUGACAAAUCCCUUUGUACCUUUUAUACUUCUUUUCUCCAUUUUUCCUUUGUUGUCUUAACCUCUCUGUCUCUCAUCUUCUACUUGGCCCAGUAACUUUCUGUUUAACAACAAUGACCUGAAACAUGGGGCUACUCUGACCUAUUUCUAGAAAAACAAAAACUUUGAUACCCGCAACAAGUGGUUUAGUACGAACAGUAAAAUAGGAAUGACAUCCCUGAAAAUAUAUCAGUAUUAAAGUAGUUUAAUAUGUCUUCAUUGCAUGGAUCAGGGCAACCGGUCGGCAAAAUUACAGCACUGACAAAAUUGCAAUAUUGUUCUUAAAACAAAAGCUUAAAGCCAUUACUUUAUGGCUAACAUCUUAGCAAACAGUAGUCUAUUUACACAUCCAAAGAGCAUGGGCGCCGCAUUAGCAUUCAUUUGAAGCCAUGUUUCUGAGUACCUAAUGAAUGUAAAUCCAAUACUCAUCUUUUGACCCUGUUUUUGUCACCCAACUUCUGAGGCAGAUAUUUAGAUCUGUAGCUGCUAAAUGCUCCACCAAGUUCUAGUUAGUCACUUUUUCUUUCUGCUGUGUGAUGUUGGGCAGCUAGCAUACUGUGAAUCUACCAGAAACCUUCCCGCUGAAAAUGCUGCAGAGUUGGAAUCCUGUAGCUUUUAUCAUCAAGCAUCAUCUUUCACAUCAUGUUAUCAUUGUGCCCAUUGUAAGUCAGAGACUGAUUGAGGAUGUUGACAGUGGUUAGGGUCCCUGCAGAUGAUGAUGGAGAGGGUCCACAGAGAUGAAGGUUUCCUCAUUUUGGGGGCUGAGUCUCACAGCUGUUCACACCUUUGCUCGCUCCUGCCAUGUGUCCCUGAUUUAAAGAGGGGUUUGAGAGGGAUAGAACGAGCUCUCUCCGCCUUCCCCUUUAUUGCCAGGUUAAACUACUGUUGUUUAAUUCGAGCACUUGAGGUAGAAGCUUCUGUAAUUAUGGCCCAAACACUGACUUCAGCACUUUUAUCAUUUAAGUUUCUCAGUUUUUUUCGGCCUUUUUCUUCAACACCUCUUAUUUAUGCUCCACACUCAACCUUCUUUUCAUUGUCACUGUUACUCUUCAGAAUGGAAAAGGCAGUUGAGUAUACAGUAAGCACAACUACAGUCAGAAUCUUUCAUACAUCACACAGCACUAAAGCAGGAUCAGGUUAUAUACAGAAGAAAAUCCCUCUGGUGCACACUAAUUUUCUGCCUUUGCUUGUCUCUUCUCACCUUGGCAAUGACAACACUCCUGUGCACGGAGAUGAACAGUAAACCGACACCUCUGUAUCAGUUUAAUUAAUCUACUGCAUGUCUAAUUAACAAAUUGCAUUAUCUGCAGAAAGACAGAACUGCAAUGACAUGAGAAGGUUCAGGCUGAUGGACAGAAGAGCCAGAGAACUGUCACAGCCAUCGACCCCCUGUCAUUUUAUAGAUGCCAGGUGGCCACAGGUCUUUUUUUCUGUCUUGCAAAAUUGAUUAACUAUAGGUGGGUGACUGAAAAGGCAGACAGUAGCCCCUCUCAAGGUAAUUUAAAUCAGGAUUGAUACCCAGAGACAGUGUAAUUGCAGCUGUGUAAAGGUUCUGUAGGGUGGCAGGAGAAGAAUUUCUAAAAAACAAAAACGAUCUGAUGACGUGAUAAGAAAACUAGGAACUGUGGAUAGACAUAUUUGAAGGUUUUGUAAGGUAUCCAUUUGUGUGGAGGUAAGUUUUUAAAAAGCAUCCACUGAUCUGUGGUUUAUACACUAAACAAAAUUAUAAACGCACACUUUUACGUUUGCCCCCAUUUUUCAAGAUCUAUGACUUUUUCUAU